AUGUCCGGCAAACAACGGCAAACAGAAAACCAAAAGUUGACCCAAAAGGCAGCCGCCAUCCAGAAACAACUGUUGCUGGAACAAGGGUCCAACUUGAAGACUUGGGACUCGUUGGUUCCACUCAUGAUCCAAUGGGCCAAGUUGGGACAAGCCGAACCGAUGGAAGCCUUUUUCCAGCAAAUAAUAAAAGAUGACAACAUUCCCCACAGCAACAUUCAAACUGCAUUGCAGCGAUGUCGUCUCCACGCAUGGUCCAAUCGACUGCGUCUGGUGCCACCAAACUCGGACAUGGCCAAAGAAGCCACCGAACAGGCAGCACAAGCAUUACAGAACAUGAUGGAUGAUGACACGACAAUAGUAGUAGAUCUCUCAUCGGACUUUGCCACGGUCGUGAAAAACUACCUCUCUUUGGAACCACUCGACUGGAAUGUUAUUUACAAGGUCUGGAAACAGUGGCAAGAACAAGUAGUGUCAUCAUCUGCUGCUGCUACCACGGCCAUCAAUGCGCUCUUGACGGCCAAAAUCAUUCGCACCCUGGCCAAUCAUCAUCACUCGUCGUGGCAAACAGCCAUUCAGUACGCACAACAAGCCAUGGAAAUUGGAUCUUCUACCAUUGCGCAACACACCAGAGUCAAUGGCGACAGCAGCAGCACGGACGACGACAAUCAUCAUCUUAUCCGAGUCUACAAUGCCAUGUUGGAAGUAUACAGCAAGAUACUCCCACCACCCUCCAAACAACAACAAACCAACGACGACAGUUUGGAAGAACGCCAACAAUUGGUGGGUGAAAAGACGAAUGAAAUAUUACAACAACUAAAGGACAAUCAUAAUGUUGUAGUACCCAACGAUCAGACCUACGCCACGGCCAUGUAUGCGUACUGCAAAUGUGCCUGGCUACCACAAGCCUGGGAAAUUUGGGAUGAAUGGAACGAUCAAAUCAACAACAACAAUCAUCAUCUGGAGUUGGAUGCUCGCUGUCUGCAAAUGUUGAUUCAGUCGUCUGUGCGGCAGGCGGAUACUAAUCACGACGCCAAUGAUGAGGAUCAUAGUAGGCUCUACUACUACUAUGCCAAUCGAACGACCCAAGUCAUUUACGACAUGUGGGCAUUGUACGAUCGGGGGUAUCCAGAAUUUCAACCCGACCGGGAUUUGUACACCAGUGUCCUUCGUUGUUGGGCCAAUCCACGACUUUCCACUUCUUCUCUGCUGAUGGAUACUAAUAAUAUGGAAACGAUCAAUGCACUGGUGGCCAACUUGAAUGAACGAGCCAUGACACUGUCGUCGCUGCAACCGGACAUGGCCUUGUACAAGGAAUGGAUGGCGGUCGUACGAGGACAGUUUGGUGGUACCACCACCACAUUAGCAGCAAAGGUGGCCGAACAAGCUGGCAUGAUUGUCAAGCAAAUGGAAGUGGAUCCGUUCGUUGUCCCCGACACGAGUGUCUACAAUUUCCUCAUGGAUGCCUGCCUCAGUGAUGGUUCCAUGGUGGGUGUGACACGGGCGGAACAAACAUUGACCAAAAUGAUGGAAAAUUCCUCUUCCAAUGACAAUAAUGGCCCAAAUGGGAGAUCCUUUGCCAACAUUAUCCGAUCGUGGCUCGCGUUUGAUACCGCCAAAGCAGAGCAAUGGCUAGAUCGAAUGGAAGAACGGUUCAUUCCUUCCAAAGGCCUCUUUCAAGACGUCAUUUCACGUUGCUGUCAAGAGAGCUCUAAUGCACACAACAACAAGAAAGGGGAAGACGCUCGACGACAAGCCGAGCGAGCGCAUCGCUUGUUGAAUCGAAUGGAAGAGUUGAGCAAGGCAACUGACAACCCAAAGCUGAGACCUGACAAAUCACUGUACGACCGUGUGGUGGAGGCAUGGGAAGCCUUGGGCGCAGGCGACGAAAUUGAGAAGCUGCGCAUCAGCCAAAGUGAAAUGUACGCCGAAGAAGCAGAGUCGACCAAGAAGACAACUUCGCAACAGCAUGCGAUCAAAUCGGAAGACGACGUCCGGAAAGCCAUGAAGCAAUUGGGGGUUUCUCUUGACGGGAAUGAGAAGUUUCAGGCAGACACGCUUACAUUCAAUCGAAUUAUACGCCAAUUGGCCAGCGCGGAAUUACCGCAGGGAGGGCAAAUCGCUGAAGAGAUAUUUGUCUACAUGUUGGACCAGUAUCUGAACCAUGCCAAUGUCAAACUGAAACCAGACAUUAUCACGUUCAACACCGUGAUCCUUGCACAUUCCAAGAGUAAAAACCCAGAGCGUUGCAAACGGUUUUUGAAAAAUCUCCAAGAGCUCCA